AUGAGGUCCCGUUUCCCACUGGAAUCCGCGACAACAAGCGUGACUUCCCCUCUGCAAUAUCACGAUCGAGAACCUUUGGCUUCCAAAUCUACCAACUACCACACCUCGCCUGCUGUCAAAUCUAUGCUUCUGGAACCAAAAGACGUCCAAGGAAACAACUGGCAGUUCAAAGUCACCGUCCAAGCUGAACAAAUGCCUCCGACAGCAAAAUCAACCACAAGAACACAACUCAUCUCGUUAAACGAUACCGAGAACACUCAAGUCCCGGAUCUUUGUCCCGUCUCUCAGCUUGGUGACCACGCUUCAACCGAUUAUUCUUUAUCAGAAAUCGACUUUCACGGACCCGAAGACCGUCCGCAAUCUGGCCAUCAUCCCGCAGCUAUUGACUCCUUGUCGCCCGAGCCAGUGCGGCCUCUUGUGUCUCGCAGGACCCCCGUGAGCGCGCGUCUUGGUUCUUCCAGGAAUCAAUUUGGUAGCAGUAUCAGAUCUGCAAAGCAUCGCGUAGAACCUGAAGUCACAGAUGGGCCGCAAUUUGAACAAGACGACGAGGCAGAUGCCGCGCUCGGCGCUUGUGCUCCUGGCGAUGCAACAAUGCUUGAGAGCGAAGAGUUCAGUAUGAUAUCUGUCGACUCUUUGCCGAGCCGAGUCGCCGGUCACUCUUCGCCUUCGCAGGCACUUCAAUCUACCGAAGGCGAGGCUUCCGUCAAUCGUUCAUACAUGCCUUCGUCUCCUCCAGCCUUCAUUGCCAACAGAGCGACACCUGUGCCCGAAGAUUCGACUCCAGAGAACCCUAAGGCCCCACAACCAUCGCAAAGCCAUGAUAUUGAUAUCUCGACACCUUUGAGGGAGAGUGCACGCAAGUCUGGAAGAGCCUUACAAGAUGCACUGAACGGACCAUUUCGCGAAUCUGUUUCAAGAGAGCUACCAUCCACUCGUGAAUCCAUCUUCAACGGCUUCAGCUCUGGUACUAGACGCCAGCUACAACAAAGUCUUCGCGCCGGACAGAGCUUGGCUUCUCCAUCAGCUAUGCAAAACGUGCCAAGGCUCGCACCUAACACCAACGCAUUGCCCAACUAUCUAUCUCCCUUCCAUAGCCCAGUGCGACAGCAGGAGACUUUCGACUCGCUCCCUGCCCGUAUGCUCACCCCUAACACAGAUGACCGCUCACAUUCUUCAGCGAGCAUCCAAGCUCAAAGCACCGUCGAGUAUCCUGAACUCGCUCAGGAGUCCCGAAGAACCAGCCAAGCUGGUGAGGAGCCCGAGAUGAGUUAUAUCGAUGUUCAAAGAGCAUCAGCUAGCCACAUGCAAAGCCCACCUCGCUCUUCACCAGCAUCUGAGCAUAACGCGGCUGAGCAGCUUCAUGACAACAUCAUCGAGCCAGAAGCAGAAGAAGAUGGAGACGAUGAUAAAGACAUUUGGCAAGAGGAGGCGAGCCGUUCUUUGAUCGAUGAGCAGGGCUCUCCUGAACAGCCCGAUCUGUUUCUGGAUAACCUCGUUGUGAAACCUCGGAGAAGCAAGCUACCUGGUACUCUGCGUCGCACAUCAGGGGCAAGUUCUGCGUAUAGUGACCCUCCUGCACCGCAAGGACGCCAGAACCGCAAAGUCAGUGCCUCUACCAUGGGCUCCAGAAAGAGUAGUGGCGUUAUGACACCACCAUCAUCAGACGAUGGCAGUGUUGUCAUUGUCGGGAGAUCGAGCGAACAACUUGACUCUCCAGCGAAGGUUGCAGCAGAUGAAGAUCUCAGUCAGUCUGAGUCUGGUGAUGACACCGGGAUGUUUUUCCAGUCAAAUCUUCCGUCUAUAUACAACGGAAAGGCAAGAAAGCCUGUCGCAGACUCAGCGAAGAGCAGUUUCGCGCCCAGUAGCCCACUCAGAAACACUUUCCUUGAGAUCAGCCCAGAGAAAAACAUCCAGAAUUCUCAGAGCAGCGCCAACCAGAAUUUAUCGGCUGGGCCUUCGCCUCUUCGUCGGAGCCUGGUCAAUUCUAGCAACUUCAACGACAGUCAAAUAAGACGGCGAGAGGAUAAAAUUGAUACCUCGGAAACACAGACAGACUCCAGUCUGGCUUCUGAUGCUCAACAGAUACAACGAGAGAUGAGGGGGAAAUCCAGUAGAGCUGCAAGCACUAUCUCAAGUCUUACCUCCGGAAGCCAAGCAAGAGGGUCGAGGGGACCGGCAAGCGCCAACACAAUUGACCUCACCAUCAGCGACUCUUCUGAACAAGAUGUCUCGACGAUAUCUUCUAGGUCAAGGAGCUACCAGGAAGAGCUGAAUCUCGAUUCGCCAAUGCGUGUCAAGGUCAACUUCAAUGAUGAUACUGGAAACUCGACACUCUUGGAGCCCAAACGACAGUAUCCACCUCUGUUUGACAAUGUCCCAACAUUGACGAAACCCACCAAAGAUUCACCUGGAGACUCACAGCCCAAAUCACCAUUGCUCAAACUAACAGAAUCCUUCUGGGAAGCUGUGACUAAGCCUCCGGUUUACGCAUCCCCAGAGCGAAAGCCUGCUGUCAUGCUGGAGUCGGCACCUGUUGCUACCGUGCCUGAUCACGUCUUACGCCUGCGCCGUAAAUAUGGUCUUUUGCCUGAUACUCAUCCUUUCAUAUACGCACACAUUCGUACACUCCAUCGUAUGCUGAACUCCACACGCUCUCGAUCUGGCAGCAGUAUCGUACCUCGUAGCGGGCCUCUAGGACAUGGUCUAUCACGCCUACUUGGCAAAUCGAGGACCAACGAACUGGAUCAGCGAUUCGUGUGGACCCAGACACAUCUUCACGUUGUCGACUCCUUCAUGUCUCUACUUCUACCACAAGAAGAGCGUGAUCGCCUGCAACAUCGCGGUCGCGACUCCAAAGGCAGAUAUGGCGACGAAGUGGUGUUCAAUGGUGUCAAGGAUGUACUUGCUGAUAUCAAGAGAGUUGCUGAGAUGUUGGCUCGUGCUGAGAGAAUGGAGAUAUAA